UGCCGAUCAUCACUGCAAGCUGCAGGUAGUGCCUAAUGGUGACGAAUGGUCCGUAGUGUUCCUGAAGUGCGGCAACGACACUACGUGUGACCUGGUGACUGUCCUAGAUUCUUGCUACAGCUGUACUACGGUGCAAGUCAUGGAAGUGCGCACAUGGAACGGUGGAGGAAUCGAGUGGAAUGGCUCAGCGAAUGCCGUAGUCGUCAGGCCCCGACGCAGGAAGAGACCGUCGCUGUACGACGAUGUAGUAGCGGGCCGGGUAUCUAGAGACAACGAAGACGCCAUGAAGAGAAGCUCUGUAUCUAGCGUGGCUGGUUUGUUGCCAGCAAAGGCGACCAGAAAACUGGAACUUGCGAAGAAGCGAGGUGAGAGCGAUUUCGGUAUCAUGCUAACUGGAGACCGACCAGCGAUCUUCACCAACAUCUCCCAUCGCAGUGCUGCCUCCCGGGCUGGUUUGCGGGUUGGAGAUGUCCUACUGGAAGUCAACGGUCGAAGUGUUGAAGGCGAGAAUCACUCCGACAUCGUGGGCAGCAUUGCCAAAUGUAAGAAAACUGUGACAUUCGCAGUAGUUGACGACGAAACAUACCGCAUCGGUAUGUCACUGGCUGGUUUCUCAGCGGCAAACGAUGCUCCCAGUGCUAGUCCACCCAUGCCAGCUAGCUCCUUGAUGCCACGAAACGAGGAUGCUUCACCCGCUAGAUCCGUUUCUGCAGCUAGCUCGUUAGCCUCGAGAUCAUCGCUAGCUUCACAAUCUGAUAACGACUCCGGUAAAAGUCCAACGACGACGACUUGCAGUGGUGGUGCAGUAUCGUCCUCGCCCACCAUGUCCAUGCAAUCAUCUCUAUCCCAGGUAUCUCAGGAUUCUACCACUGGUACAACAUCGCCCCCGACGUCCUUGCGCACCUUUCUCGACACAGAGGAAACACGUUAUGACGGAAAGCGCCGGAGUAGCUCGCACCAAAGCGUCACUUGGGACCAGAGGAGUCGCCUCACUACCAUGAGUGGUCGACAGUCGGCGACCUCACGCUCGGCACUGGCCAAAUCAAAGUCGUUCUCGCAGAGUGAUGGAUCCAUCACGCGCAGUGGUCGCCCAGGGUCCGCGAAAAAUAACGUGGCGUUCACGCUGACGGAGGACGUAGUUGUUGGCCCACCUACGGAGACACAUCGCGUGGCUGGCGGCUCUCUGGUGCAGCACUAUGAUUUCGAUGUUCUCUACUACGGCAAUGUACCGCUCUCGAAAGUGACGACGCAGUGUCAGGAACCGAACGCACUCACAGAGCUGGCGGCAGAAGCCGUGCAAGCAGUUGGCGAAGAAACUGCCGUCAAGGUCGCACGCAUGCAAGUAUCUUCCAGCGGAUUGUGUCUGAUUGAAAGGACAGACGAGAAAGAUCCCAAACACCAAGUCGACCCCGCAUUCAUUCCGCGCGCGCACCUCAGCGCAGCAUGGUGCAGUCGCCAGUCUCCGUUCCGAAUCGCUCUACUCCAGCGCUCUAAUCUGUGGUCCAUUCCUCCUUCAUCUCCACUACAUCAGCAAAUCAUGCACCAACAGUCUACAUUGUCGGACAACGGCACUUCAAGUAGUAGGCGCAGCCCGACGGCGUCGUCAUCGUCGUCAUCGUCAUCGCCGUUCUCCGACACUGCCGUCACCACUGCGACGAGCUGCAGAGCUGGCAGUUCUCAGGAGACUGACGGCAACACUACGACUGCACCUAGCCGUCAUGUGCUGGUGGUCAAUGCGCAUGUCGUGGAAAUAAUUGACAGCAGCAGCAGAACAUCACACCACAGUUCACGCGGCGCAUCACCCAAGGCUACUAGAGGCAAUGUACAUUUUCCGAAUGGUCAACAGCAGCAGCAGAAGGUCAACACUCCGCCACAGCUACACAGCCAAGCUCAAGGUAUCGUCACGUUGCUGUCCACUUUAUUUCAGGGCUCUCAAGCACCACCACCACCAGAAGCAGCAGGAGCAGCGGCAUUAUCUGGAGUACAACCGUCAGGCCCCACUGCUCAGUCCUCAUUACCAACAGCUGCUCUUCAUUCUCUGCAACACGAAACUUCUGAGAAGGCUGAUGCAAGACUUGGGCCCGGCCGUGGCCCAGAUAGCAGUGAGCCAUUGAAUUUAGUGGACGCACAAGGUAGCGUCAGCUUUCUUGGACUGCGAAAUCUAACCAGUCGGCCAUCACUGGACGGAGGUAGUAAGAGCGCGAUUGAAGCCGCUAUUGACCGCCACGACACUGAGUUGAAUAGAGAAGCCAACAGGUUACACCCCGCAGUUACGUUUGAUUGGCGUUCCGCACACCAGAUCACCAGCACCUCGUCCACGAGCAGCAGCAGUGUUGGAGCGCGGCAGGAAGACGAGCAGCUGAAAAGAAACUCGGAGGAAGAUGUCCAUGAUCUGACACUCACACAAGAUCUAGCUGAUGAGAAGUUUGCAGCGUUGAAUUUGAGUUCAUCUACAGCUGCUGGGAGGGCAGCGGCCAGCAGAAAGGCUGAAAAGAUCAGCAUGGAGAGCCUGAGACCGGGAACAGCACACAGCCAGCGUGUCUCCAAGUGGGCUGCAAACAUCAAGAAUCUACUGGAGGAUGAAGACGGCUGUGCACUGUUCAAGGAAUUCUUGAAGGGCCUGUUUGCCAGCGAAAACCUAGAAUUUUGGCAGCAGGUACAGGACUUUCAAACUCUCACCGACGAAAAAGAAAUCAAAGAAGAAGCUAAACGGAUAUACAACCUAUUUAUUGACAAAGAUAGUCCAACACAGGUGAACUUGACUGACCAGUGUUACCAGGAGACGGCUGAAGACCUUCACUCCAACCCCAACCCCGAUAUGUUCGAGUUGGCCGAACGAGAAAUUUUUGUUCUGAUGCGAACUGACUCGUAUCCGAAGUUCCUCCGUUCACCAGUGUUUCAAGAGUGGAUGACGCUGGAGGUGUCAGGCGAUCCGUUGCCUUGUGAUACAGCUGCUGAGAAGAAAGCCAAGGCGUCCCAAAAGAAGAAACGUCUCGGUGGGUUUAUCUCCGGCAAAAGCAAGAAGUCAUCGAAACCUGAAUCAUCUGGUUCUCGAGAAGCUGAAGACGCCUAUUCCACUUCCUCUAAACCUGAUGUGUCAAGCAAGUGGCUCCAACCGGAGAAGGUCAAUCCAUCGCGAAGUGAGGGAAAGCUGAAUCGGACGCCAAAGAAUUCGCCGCAGCAUUCUGCACUACAACCGCACAACCUGUCACCAGCUGGAUCUGAGAAGUCCCUCGCAAUUUCAAUGACAAGCUCUCCCAGCAUAUCAAAGAAAGACCGCCAUGCACAGAAGAGUGGCAAAAAGUACUCCUUCUUCCACAAGAAAGACAAGCAGCCAGAAAUUCAGGUGAACUUGCCGUCUGGUGGUUAUAUAUUUGAGGACCCUGACCCAGGAUUGGAGGACAUGAAGGAUGAUGAAAUCCUCUUGAAGGUGACGUUCACGGAGCAUAGCUGUGGAACUGUGAGGCGUAAGAAGUCGACUAGCAUUCGGGAAGCAAUUGAGCCUAUCUGCGAGCGUGCCGGGUAUAGCUGCAAGUGCGUUGUUGUUUACGAGCAAGUUCAGUCUAUUGAAAGGGAAGUCGACAUGGCUCUACAGGUGGGCAGUCUACAGGGCUCACAAAUCCGAAUAGUGCUACUACCAUGCAUAAAACUUCACCUUCCUGACAACAGCUUUGAGUUUCUAGUCGUUCCGGAUGGCAACAAGAAGUCCAUCUCUGGCUUGGUGGAUCACUAUCUGAAUCGCUUUGGUCUGAGUUACAUUGAUGACGGUGUCACAGCCACAAACCUGAGCGGAGAGCGAGUUCAUCCGUUCGCCAAUCCCCUGAGCUACGUGAAUUCAACACUGGUGCUGAAUUUCGAUGCCGGCCUGAUGACUACUAGAGCUCGGCGACUAUCUGGGGAUUCAGCAGUGUCUGCAGCCAGUGCAUCGAGUGUUCAAUCUGUGUCUCCGGUGAAGUCACCUGCCAGGGUGCGGUCCAGCAGCUUCCGCAAGGCCAGCCCGUUUAGUCGUAAGAGCAGCCGGGCAAGUCCCAGCGGAAGUCCUGCUCCUUCGCGUGGCAACAGGUAUUCACAGUUUUCCGAUGAAGGAGACCUCUCCAGCCAGAGAACAUCGUCACCAGGCCGCUCCUCAGUGAGCACUCUCCGCAAGGAAAUGGUUGAAUCUCCAGUUAAACCACCUGUGAGCCCAGAUUCCCAAAACGCCUUGUUUGACUUAGUUGAGAAAGCACAGUGCGAUUCUAUGGAUAAUCAACGAGCGACUCUGCAGCUCCCGGCUGCUGGCGGUGCUCCGUCAUAUGGACCCGGCUUCACACCGCCACUGUCUGAAUCCGAUCCGGCUGCGUUUCAGUUUGACAGCACUGCUGCGGGUUCGAACGGUGGUCUGGCUCCUCGUGCAGCUGUUGGCGAAAUCCUCAAGAACAGAUUACCUGCACAGAUGUCCGCAGAUGAGCUGCUAGUCACACGGAGAAUGAGUGCGUCGCCUCAAACGUACAGGCAUCGGAUUGAGGCCAGUGGGUCCCGUGGCAGCACAAGCAGUCUCAACCUUUCCAAGCUCUCUGUCGAAUUACACGCCUCAGUCGAAUCUCUACCUAGCAGUCUUAACAGAUCGAGCGGCAGCCGGCGUCUACUGAAGAGUCUUAGUCGUAGUCUUAGUAAGCUGUCUGGAUCAACAUCUGACAUGCAACUCAACCCGUCCGUCCUUGCAAGCAUGCUGAAGGAUGGCGAGAGAGCCGAAACGCCGUACACUCCUGGUGAAGCCAGCGACCAGGACCGCACACAGGACACCCUGAGCGCUGCGUCUCCUGAACUCGGCAAUGCCCAGGGUUACACGGCAGCAAAGGAUGGUGUAACUGCUUUGCCUUCAUCUUCUGGUUUGCGGCAUGAAGCUGCCUCUCAUUCUGUCGUGUCGCUUCCUAUCUUGCCCGGCUCGCGCCAUCAGGCCGGGGAAAGGGGGAGGGCAAGAGUUGGCAGUGUAAAUAGUAAGAGUAGUAGCAGCAAGCUCAAACUGAAUAGUUCCAGCGAAUCUAGUAGUGAUGAGGAUGAUAUGAGCAACAAACCAAGAACUGGAAAGCGAAUGAGAGUGGAUGAGGUGUGAAGAGCGUCUUGCUGUUAUGAAUUUUCUAUUUCUAGGUGUUUAGUAUGUAGCGGGCAUAUAGUUCCAGUUUGUCGCGAGCGAUUGUGUGUGUGUGUGUGUAGGUGCGUUCGCAUAUAUUCCGAAGUAUAUGUGUGCAUCUCCAGGUCAACAUCUACUUCCCUGUCUCUAUUUUUACUCCAGCAGCUUGCCCCACCCUUUUCUUUUGACUCAAAUUGUCCAACAAAAAUUUCUGUCCUCAUCAGCACUUGAUCAUGUUCACUUGAAAAGGAUUUCUCCCGUAUUGACUAUCCCAUCAAUAUUUCCUUGUUGCGCAAUCGUAACACCUCCGGUUUGGUCUAUGCGACUGUUUUUUACCAACAAUAUUAUAUUAUUCCAUCUUGAAAUAUGGAAAUUACUUACAUUAUAUGCACAAGUGGAUUUGAGUUAUCUCUCACCCUGCACCCCCAUUGAUUAGGCAAAUACAAUGCCACCAUAUUUCCAAUUCCCUACCCCGGAUUUUGAACUAGCAGUUUCAGAACGGUAA